CCCCACAUUCUCUAUUGCUACUACUGCUGCUGAGACUGCUAUCUAGAAAUCGUAAUCGACAUGCCUUCGUUCACUGUCCCCUCCAGUCUGCUGGAGAUGACGAGAGUCUUCCGGGAGAUGAAACUGCCGGUGCCCGAUGCGCCGUGGUCGUUCAUCGUCUGGCAGAAGCAUACGGGGUUCACUCGCGCUCCCUGGGCUGAAGAUUGGCCGGACGACGAGAAGCAUCCCUUCAAGUGGGACAAGACUGCUCGGGCGCAGGUGAAGGCGUUCGUGGAUGCGUUCUGCUCGAUGCCACUCGCCUCGAAGCGCCAGGAGUUCACGAAGACCUGGAUGACGGACACUCAUGCUACAGGCCGGGCGAUGUGGACGGUAGCGAUCAGAGCUGGGUUGAAGGCGUGGAAGAUCAACGCCAUCGUUGGAAAGGUGUUGAAGGAGAAUGAGAGAGACCGGGCGUCGCUGCUUCGGCGUCAUGGAGAACGAACGCUGCCAGACAUGGGGGCGGCGAUGUUGGACGACACUCGACAAGAGCUGGCUGAGGCAUUGUGGGGUACCGACAUCUGCACGAAGCAGUCGAACUACACGAUCAUGCAUACGAGCGUCAUUGGAGUUGCCAACAUCAUCCUGGCGGCGGCGUGGAACACGAUGUCGAAGGCGGUCAAUAAGGACGUGAAGGAUUUGGAGGAGAUCAAGGCGAAGGUGAAGAUGUCAUUUGGAGAGCUGGAUGCAGGGGAGGUGACGGCGGCGAAGUUGAAGCAGUACUUGAGGGACAGCUCGAAGCUGAUGCGGCUGUACAAGAUGUUCGGCGACGAGGCGGCUGAGAAGGAGUUGGAGGAGCAGCGGGAGCGAUUGAGCCAGAUUCGGGCGUGCUUGGGAGUGGAUGAAGAGGGGAAGUCGACAGGAACUAUGAGCAAGGCAUUGCGGGAGGCGUUGUUGAGGCUGGCUGGGGACCACGACAUCGCUGAGGUGGAGCGGGAGCUGGAGGUCCAGUUGGAUGUUCUGGAUGGAGAGGGGGCGGGAGUGCCGAUGAUGAAUGUGGACGAGUCGGUGGUGAUCGAAUGGGAGUCGGGGACGGAGGACUACCAGGGCUGGAGCGAGAGGGACGUGCGGAAUGCACUGGGCCUGGAGGAGGAGGGGUUCCCGUCCUUCAACGAAUUCAUCGACGAGAAUGGGGUCAAGACACCAUGGACGGAUGCAGCGUGGUUCGCGCGUCCUUACGUCGAGGGCGAGAAUGAUGGUCGGGUGAAGUUGUCACCAAAGUGGCACCAGCUGAUUGGGAUCUUCAAGAUGCUGAAGAAUGCAUUCGAGGGACGUCCGCUAAUGUUGAUGGAUGAGGUUGGCCUUGGGAAGACGUUGCAGGUUAUAGGGGUUAUGGCGAUGCUGGCGCACUACCGUUCCUUCUACGCCAAACGCAACGAGUAUCCUGGGUGGUUUCGAGGCAAGACGUUUGCGGGGAACGCUGAGAUCCCCGACCUGGGACAUGUUCUGGUGGUGCCGUUCUCGUUGCGUGCGCAGGUAGAGAACGAGUGCCAACGGUACCUUAGGCGAGGGGCCUUCGACAUCUUCAUCUACGACGGGACGUUGAAGGGGCGACCGGAGUUCUGGACGAAGUUUUGGGACUUCUCGAAGCUCCCUCAGAUUCGACGACUGGUCAUUGCGACGGCGACGGCUGUGAGUUCGGAUGGCCGAGAGCUGGGCUUCAGUGGGAAGCAGCCGAUGGGUCCGAUCAAUAUCGUUGGAGCGAAUCCGGCAGCGUUGAUCUUCACAAAGCGGUUCCUGGUUGGGGCGUGGGACGAGAUCCACCAGAACCGGAAUAUCAAGACGGCGUUCUUCGCGGCGAAGAAGCUGAGAGAGUGUUGCACGUUCUACAUUGGGAUGUCUGCGACUCCAGUGCAGACGAAGCCACAGGACCUGUGGCAUGUAGCGUUGAUCUUGGGUGUCCCAGGUUUCGACGGCGAAAUGGAGUACAAGGACAUGGGACGAGAAGUGAAUCGCGCUGCUCGGAAGGAUCGACAGCAACGUCGACUGGCAGAGGCGUUAGAAGCGGUGAAGAAAUUCUCUCACGGAGAGGACGGGCAAGGUCAGUCGGAGCUGGCGCUGGUGAGUGGGAAGUGGAUCAUGGUGAUGCGGAAGCAGUUCGCGGGAAUGGUGGUUCGCCGGACGAUCCACUCUGAGGACAACAACAAGAAACCGAUUAUUGGCCUGCCUCCCUACGAGCAUCACAAGUUGCUGCUGGUGUUGCCUGCCGAUGAGAUGGAGAAGGUCGAGGCGAUCAUGGAAGGUGUGCAGAAGGAGGUCGAGAAUGGGAAGAGUCUUCGGGCGUACGGGGAGCAAUUUUAUCUGGCGUUGCGUAGAGGCCUGACCCAUCCUGACCUGCCCUCCAUGGGCGGCACCCUGAAGUUCUCGACGAUAGAGGAAUUCAAUGAGAAUCCUUCGACAAAGCUGAGGUUCUUGGUGAGGAUCUUGCAAUGGCACCUUGAGGUGGACAAUCGCUUGCCUCUUCUCGUCAACGAGCACGGUGAGCUCGUCAACCCUCAAGGACCUCCGGGAGUCUGCGUCAAUGGUCUUCCCGACAAGAUCAUCGUCUACUCUGCCUUCAUCGAGAACAACACGGUCAUCUCCCAGCUCUUCGACGCAUUCGGUAUCAAGCAUUUGAUGAUCAAUGGCUCACAGGCUCUGACGACAAGGACGGACACGAUCAACAAGUUCCGCAGCGGUGAGCGUGAUGACUCUCGUGUCAUGCUCAUUACGAAGGUUGGUGCGACUGGACUUAACAUGGCUUUUGCCAACAUCCUGGUCUGCCUGGACACCAUGUGGUCGCAGCAAGAGGACAACCAACUGAUCGGUCGAGUCUGGAGGCAACCGCAGCCCAAGACCGUCCACGUCUAUUGUCUCAUCGCACAAGGCACUCCCGACGUCUUCUUGAAUGAGAUCGCGUUCACGAAGGGGAUGAUGCUGGAGAGCUUCUCCUCUGCCAGCGAGAAGAUGAAGGAGUGGUUCGAUCCCCUUCGCGAUGACGACAUCAGCGACUUCCACAAGGAUGGAGAUGAUGACACCGACAUCAGCUCUACGACGUCGGGUUCUGUGGUGAUGGUGACUGAGAAGUCUUCGACGCUGCUGACAUCGACAUCGACUGUCGUCCCCCGUGGUGUUUCACUGGCUCUCCCUCCUUCGGCUGCUUCUGCCCCCACUCGCGUCACUCAAUCCGUGCCUCCCUCGACUCGUCCUGCUCCUCGUCCUCGGCGGCGAAGGCAACCCAAACCUGUCGCUGCAGCAGAACCACCUUCAGCUGCUGUCGAGCCCGACGUCUCUGCUCGUCGCACUCCCGCUCCCCCCCUCUCGCAGACUACGUCUCUGGAGCCAGAGACGACCACCGGUCCGAGCUCGGUCUCUCCCAUCUUCGACGAGCUCACUCUCGAUUCUGAUGCACAUGCAUCUCGCACUGCCGCUGAAGCCUCUGGAGCUUCCGAGCCUGGUCCUUCUCCAUCGCCUGAGCCCGAGUCUGAACCACCCCGCUCGUCGAAGGACGCAGCAGAAGAUGUCGGUGGUGAUCGCGUGGAGAUGGACGUCGACCUGACAGGUGGGGCCUUCGACGACGAGGAGAUGAACCAGGAGACGAGUGGUUAUGAGCAGGAUGCGGAACGCAACUCGGAUGAGGACUCUUCGGAGGACUCCUCUUCUUCAGAGAAUUCCUCAGAGGAAGAAGAGAAGCAGAUGGAUGUCGAUCCCCCUGUCCUCCCUUUGCCACCUUCGUCUGCCCUGCCAGAACUCACGCCGUCGGUCGCCUCAUCGCGUGCAGUGACUCCUGAGCCAACGGACAAGGCUCUGGGGAAACGUCCUGCCCCGAACUCCCCUCCCGUCGCCAGCUCGUCGAAGCGCACCAGGCAGCAGCCGCAGCCACCAAGGCGAAUGCUCCCUCCGCGUCAGACCAAGUUCCGCACCGUCAACUAUGCCCUCGACAACCUGCCUUCCAGUGACGAUAUCGGUGGAAUGACCAUGCAUCGCAAGAAAGGCGACGAUGACGAGUACAGGGAGUCCAGCGAGGAGGACAUCGCUGUGCCGAAGAAGGGGCUGAGCAUUAGCGGCAAGGGCGUCGGUGGAGGCAGACCCAAGCACUGAGCAGGUCUCUGGACUUCAUCUUCGUCAUCCCCAUCUGCGUCGUCUUCGUCUUUGUCGUCUGCUGGACUGUCGGCUUGUCGCACCGCGUGUCUCUCUCGCCCCCGCUAUAUGGUAAUGUUUUUUGGACUAUCGUAUCAGGACUGUUCUACCUGUCAUUGGUAGAUUUAUCACUCGAACUUCCCCCCUCCCCGCUCCUCCCGAAUUUGUUCGACUUUCUCGGACAAUUGUGUUUUUUCUUGUUACGUAUGGACUAGCGGUAGUGUUUGUUUCUCGCCUCCAUUUCUGACUCAUUUGUUUUUCUCUUCUCUCUACCUUUCCCUUAUGAGACUCCAUAAAAAAACUACUCUGGUUUCU